AUGUUAGCCGAUAGCUUGACUAUUGAAACCUUCACCGAAUAUGGCAUUGGCAUGACCUUUCUGUGUGUCCGGUUAUACGCCCGGUUGACCCUGGGAGGCCUUCGUGGGCUUCAGAUAGAUGAUGUUUUUGCUGUUGCUGGCAUGCUGACGAUCAAAAUAGGGCUUUUUGGCAACAACAUUGGAUUGAACGAGCAAACUGCCAUGCUUGUUCCGGACAGCAAAGUCGCCGACAUGAUUCUCGGCUCCAAAUUGGCCUUUAUGAAUUGGAUAUGGUACAUUUGCUAUAUCUGGUGUCUAAAGAGUGUUCUUCUCUGCCUCUACUGGAAACUCACACAAGGAACAUGGCACCGUCACCUCGUAACAGCAGCAUCUGGAUUCUGCCUUGUUACCUGGCUGGCAUGUCUAUUAACACACAUUUGCCUCUGCACUCCAGUUACUCAGAACUGGCAAAUCAAGCCCUACGCAGGAGAUAAAUGCACUCUCCGUAGUCCUCUCUACAUCGUGAUCGCAGUCUUCAACGUGAUGACCGACGCCUGCAUAAUCCUGAUCCCAAUCCCCAUCCUCGCCAAACUCCAAGUCCCCCUCCAACGCAAAAUCAUCCUAGUAGUGAUGUUCUCAUCAGGCAUCUUCAUUAUGAUCUGCACUAUCCUUCGUGCCUACUACUCCCUCUUAUCAAUAACAAAUCUGGGCACCGCGCUCGGCUGGGCAGAUCGCGAAUGCUUCGUCGCGGCAAUCGUCGUCUCCCUACCAGGUAUCAAACCGCUGUUCCGCAACUCGCGCUGGCUGGGCUCGACAAACCGCAAGAAUUCCAAGGGCCCGUAUCACAAUAGUGAUGAUUAUAACCGUUUUGGAUCGAAGGCGUCAGGAAAGACGAAGACGUUUGUUUCAUCGCGCGCGCGCAAGAGUCCGGCUUUUGAGAUGGAUGGUGAUUUGCAUACUGGGAAGGGGAGUCGUGUCUCGGAUGUCGGGAGUGAAGAGUAUAUUCUGGACGGAAGCAUGGGUGUUGAGCCGCCUGCUUCCUCGAAGCAGGAUCCCAUGGCUAUCCGGGUCACUAAGGAAUAUUGUCUGGAGAGUGAGCAAUGCGUGCCGGGUCAGUCUAAGGCUGUGCAGGUAUGA